GCCCGCCCCCUUACCCGUCUUGCUUACAGGUAAAAAUGAAAAAAAACUAAAAUGAUUUGAAAAAAAAGAAGCUCUAAUUCCUUAACUCAUUCGUGACGACGCUGUGAAUGGAUCGUGAGUGUUCGAUAUUCUUCAGAAGUUGUUUUUUAGGUUCUACAUUAGUUGACGGAAGUCGUGUCCUUUGUCUGCCUUUUGCCACGGCCGCGCGCACACACGAACGCGCUCGUGUACAGCAACAACAACAAUUCAGAGAAUAUGGCACAUGCAGCCAGAGGCAAAGUCGCCAUGGAGGACUUUUUCAAAACGGUAGGGGAGCUGAGGAGCCUCAUACAAAAGAUGACCUGUCAAGUGGAUGAAGUAGACAAAAGACAAAGUGCCCUUCUUGCUUCCUCCAACCCAGACAAAAGAUGCAGAGAAGAGUUGGACUUGCUUAACAACAAGAUCAAAGCUGAUGCAAAUUUGUUCCGAGACAAGUUGAAGACAUUGCAGGAAAGUUUCUCGGCGGACUGCAGCAGCAAUGGCACCUCCGUAAUGCAACGCAUUCACAACAUUCAGCACGCACACCUGACUCGCUGCUUUGCCGAACUCAUGACAAACCACCACAACACUCAGGUGGCCUUCCGAGAGAAAUGCAAAGCCCAUAUUCAGAGACAGCUGCAGAUUGUGGACAAAGUGACCACGGAUGAGGAGUUGGAGGAGAUGCUGAACCGCCACAAUGUGACCGUCUUCAUAUCUGAUAUCGUCGACUCUGGCGCUUGUAUUUCUAGCAAGGCUCUGAGCGAGAUCAAGUCUCGUCACGAGGACAUUAUUCGGCUGGAGGCAAGCAUCAGAGAGCUGCAUGACAUCUUGGCCGACGCCGCCAUGCUUUUGGAGAGCCAGGGGGAGCUAGUGAACAGCAUAGAAAAGAACGUGGCCAGUGCAGCAAACUAUGUGGAAGAGUCGAUAGAUGAGACGCACAAAGCGGUGAUGUACAAGAAGAACCCUUACAAGAUCGUGUCUCUGCCCAGAUUCUUCAAGUCCUUCAGGAGGAAAACGGAACCAAAAACUGUCACAGGUCCAAAGCCGUCAGACCAAAACCACAAUGAGAGAAAUAAUCAUUGAACCUUGACUGCACCGGGACUCACACUGUCUUCAACACCAGACUGCUAAAUAAUAAUAGCAGUCAAAUUGAAAGACACCUGAAUCAAGAUAGUUAGUUCAAGUUUUUUUUGUUAUUUGUAAGAUAAAGCAAUCCUUUUACAUUUCAAACCAAGAGCCUGUCCACCGAGGUCAAAUUUUAGGGAGGAUUUGAAUUAACGUCGGUCGGAGAUGUGUAAACUGGAAAAAAAAAAAGAAAAAAACCCAACAAUGAUGUGCCGUCAUUGACUCCCCAGUAGGUGGCGUAAGAACACCAGCAGCACUCUGAAGCCUUUUUUUUGCAGUACGCUUAAGGUCACCAAAUAAAAUAAUAUAAUCA